AUGCCACGGGAUAUUUUGAGUGAUAGCCUGGCAGUUCUACGGAUUAUAGAGCAUGAAGAUGAAGAGAAUUGGCCCCUGGAGGACAAGCCAGCCUGCAAACAAUUGAAUAAGAAAACUGGCAAUGUCGCGAAAUCCACUCAGCAUACAUUCACCAAAGAUGAUUGUGCUUGUUAUUUUAAUUACGGACACGGGGAGAAUGCAGCCAACAAUCGGAAACAAGACCCAAUUUAUCAGUACAAGACGAGCAGCCUGCCACCGGCCUCGUCCAUCAACCAGUCGUGGGGCGAGGUGGUGUGCUCGGCGCUUGGCAUCUCGCCAGAGGACAUCGCCAACCAGCUAUCGCUCCUGGACCUGCCCUGCUUUAAGGCGAUCCAACCAGAGGAGCUCACCACUUGUGGUUGGAAUAAACUCAAUAAGCAGACCGUGGCACCGAACGUGGUCGCGUUCACGAAGCGCUUCAAUAGGGUCAGCUUCUGGACCGUGCAAGAGAUAUUGAACGGGCAGACGCCCAAAGUGCGCGCCGAGACGUUGGCACACUUCAUAAAGGUGGCGAAGAAACUUCACGAGCUGAACAAUUUGCACUCCCUGUUCGCCAUCGUGUCCGCACUGAACAGCGCCAGCAUAUACAGGUUGACCAAGACUUGGGCGUGCCUGUCCAAGAAGGACAGACUGCAGUUCGACAAGCUUGCCGAGCUGUUCGGCGAAAAGGAUAAUUGGAUGGCACUUCGCGAAUACCUGCGCAGCAUUUCUUUGCCCUGCAUACCUUACCUCGGUAUAUUCCUGACGGACUUGGUGUACAUCGACAUGGCGCACCCGGCCGGCUCGCCGCACCGCGCCGCCAAGAUGUCGGUGGUGCUGCGCGCGCUCGAGCGCUACCAGGGCUCGCGCUACGACAUGGCGCCGCUGCCGCCCGUGGCCGACUACCUGAACAGCGUGCGCUACAUCGAGGAGCUGCAGAAGUUCCUCGAGGACGACCACUACAAGUUGUCGCUGAGGCUGGAGCCCGGCUCGCCGGCCGCCAGCUGCGGCGGCUCCAGGGAGUCGGUGGCGCUCGCGGGCGAGCCCCCCGCCCCCGCCCCCGCCGCCGCCACGGCCGCCGCGGCGCCCGCGCCCUCGCCCGCGCACCGCCUCGGCUCCGGCUCGCUGCGCCUCCACUCCGCAUACCAGCCCAAGUUCAUACCCACCCACAGGAAGUGCCGCUCGCUCGGCUCCAAGUUUCGUAGUGCGAGUUUGCCAAGAAAUUUUCACAAGGUCAAUUUCGGUGUGGGCAUCUUCGGCAAGGCGCAGCCGGAGGAGCGGUGCGCGGAGAGGACGCCCGCGGGCUCCGUGAACCUCCUCGACGACACCCUGCUCGAGUCGCCGGUCGCCUCCGCCUCCGCUUCCGCCACCGCCUCCGCCUCCGCCUGCGCCCACGCGUCCGCCUCCGCCGCACCGCCCCUCCCGCACACCAACAGUGAACUGACGAAAGUACUCUCUUCGGAAUGUCACUUUCAAAGCUACGUUAGAAGAAAAACUGUAAUAAAAGAUGGAAGGAAAGUGUCCCUUUCAUCUUGGCAGCGAUUUUGGUUGGAGCUAGUCGAAAAUGCCCUCGUGUUCUACGCGUCGAAGUCUUUCAAGGGCACGAGCCGCGGCGACUUCCGCGCGGAGCGGUGCAAGGUGGUGCCGCUGGGCGGGUGGGUGGCCGCGGGCGGCGCCGCCGGCGAGCCGCGCGACUGCUUCCGCCUCCUGAGCCCCUCCACCGGCACGCUCUACAAGUUCAAGACCGGCUCCGAAGCGGUGGCCGAGCAGUGGGUGCUGAACAUCGGGGAGGUCACCAACAAGCUGGCCAAGCCGCUGCCCGCGAAUCUCAUGUCCUUCGAA